AAAAGUAUAUAAGGAGGCCAAUCUUUCAGAACUAACAUCGACUACUGAGCUCAGUACUUAAGAGAUUGAAUCUUAAUCGUGAGGCUAGAGCAGUUCACUCGACAGCAACACUUUGAUCAUUGAGACUUGUCUUCGAGUCCUUGAAGAAGCUUUGCGUGAGAAUGGUGAGAAGAAUUGCAGUCCUUCUCUGCCUGUCAAUCUUGGUGAUGACUUCGUCUUGUCAAGUACAAAACUUAGUGGCGGAGGUGUAUGUAGUGGUGGAAGACAGCACAGUACAGAGCUACGCCCAGCAAUCAUCACCUGCCCAGACCAUAGCCGAAGCUACAAACAGCCUUAGUAAUGACAUUGACCUUGUUAUAACGCAGACAAACGUUCUAUUGUCGUCUCUAGUUCAAUAUGGUAUCAAUAUAGAGGUGCGCAAAAGAAAGGUGGACAUCUUGAGCACCAACAUCAUCAACACCUUCCUCCUUGAAACUACCUACAUCGCAGACAGCUCAGCGGCAAAGGCGUCUUUUCAAAGCUGGUUGAAUCUCCAAAAUGCUUACAGUACAUUAAAUUACGAUUUCGCUGUACUGUGGACUGGAUUCGAUCUUUACGGGACAUCUGGUAUUUUUGAAAACAGUAUAACAAGCUUUGCGGCAAUGUGCAAGUCUACUGGUGUAUCAGUAAUGGAGUUUGACCCAACUGCUAGAGAUAUUGUGGCAACAGCUAAAAUCAUUGCAUAUUUGCUUUCAUCUUUGAAUGACGGUAUUACGUCUACAUACAUCAUGGCCAUUAUCAACGCCCCUGACGAUGCAAACCGUUGGUUUUAUUCUAACAGCUCAGCUCAAAGUAUUAAAGAAUUCGUAGCGCUACCUCGGGCCAGCUGUCUACUGAGUACAAACAGUGCUUCAGUGAAACCAGCUGUUACUUACGCCACCUACACUGGCAGUCUAUUGGACCCUGACGUCAUUUGCCAGAGAUCUCUCAAUGACUCCAGGUCUUACAUGUGCAAGAGUUUACCACAGAUCUACAACAACCAGCCACCAAAGGGUAAUGCCGUGUGUGGUCAAAUUUACUGUCGUAUCCCUAAAACUAGCAUUUGCACGCCCGCGUUCACUUCUGACGGAAUGAUCUGCGAAAAUCAAAAGAGGUGCACUAAAGGCCAGUGUUCUUCAUACCCGACGUCAUCCGUUGACCCCAACUGUUUAUGGGGAGACCAGAAGACCCUUGACUUCCCAUUGAUUCCCUUCUCUGGCACCUGCAAACCUUUCCUCGACACCUACGGUGCUGCCAACUGCUACACGAGGCCUAUUAAUGAAACCUGUUGCAACACGUGUAAGACUUACAACAGCGGAAUACCUGGCUGUGAGUAUGGAGACAAAUCUUCAGCAUGUGUACUGUUCACCCAGGCUCAAGUGUGCCCCAUUUACAAGAAUACUUUAUGUUGUAACUACUGCAGAAAUUACGUUGGGAGGCGUUCUGUACCGGAAGGCGGCUACCCUGAACUCACCCCUAGCCCACAGCAGAACGUCACUGAGGUCCCAGUCGUUGGAGAUUACCUUCAAGGCAAAAGACGUUGAACAGAAAGCACCGGGGAUCUUUGCUCCAUUUUGUACCUUUCUCUACCUAUAUUAUCUUAUUAUAUGCAACAGCACAACUUUAUAGUAGUACUAAUACAAAAAAAGGUAAUGUUAUAGCAAUAAAAAAAAAAGAGUAAACAAAUUUGAAUUUCCCACAUCCCCCCUUUUUUUGUUUUCGUAGUUUAUUCUGGAUAUUCACGAUAAAUUGUCAAUUGUAAACAAUGUCAAGAUCACUGUGGCCAACUAAUAAAAAUUAAUUUGUGCUUUAAGCGAAACAGAUUAGAAACUAUCUUUUAUAAUGACAAUGAAUCUUAUAAGUAAAAUAGCUAUUCAUAAUUCCUAUUUUCUGCAUAUAACCAUAUUCCUAAGCCUUUUAGUUUUCCACUAUAAAAAUCUCCAAUACUGUUCAUUUUUAUUCCUUUCUUAUCUGUUUCUUUAUUGAAUAUUCCUAGCAUAUGUUAUCCCAGUAACUGUAUUUCUAGCUCUUUAGUUCUUGGUAUUAAUGUGUUUAGCUCUUUUUAAAAGCUAUUUCUAAACAUGUCUACAUUGUAUUCCUAACACUUUUAAAUGCAUAUACGUUUCAAUAAUAUACCGUAAGCUUUGUUUCAAUAUCAACUACUUAUAUGUAAAAACAUAUUAAUAAAUAAUUAUUUCUUUAAAAAAAAAAUCAAUGUUAUUAUAUUCCAAAAUUGAUUAUGUAUUUAUAUUAUAUGCACCAAAAAAAAUAAUAAUAUUUUGGGUUACAUUUCUGUGAAAGUUGACUUUCAGGGACAUCAUUAUAACUGAUAUACUUAGCCAUUGUUUAUAUUAUUUUUUUCUUUUUACAAAAUAGAAAAAACUGUUCUAUACUUUCUUAAGCAAAAUAAAUACACAAUAUGUA